UAUAGACACAAUAUGUUGAGUAAAUGUGAUUCACUGCAUUGAAUGAAAUGCGCUUGCUAAAUAAAAUAAAAUCACCAUUCAGUUGGAAUUAGUAAAAUGGAUGAUACACAAGUGGGAGGGUGUGCUUGAAACAGCAAUGAUAUUACGCAGCAGCUGAUCAUAGGCUCUGCUAACCAGAUCAAAAUCUGUUUGCAGAUUAUAUCGAGGUGUGAAAGUCGGUUGAAAUUAUGUUAUACCAUAUUAAGGAAGAGGUAUUUGCUAUCAACUGACAUGUCCAUUGAUAGUCUCGGUUUCUCUCAUUUCCAUCCGUGGGAAUGAAAUUGACUCAAUGGAUUUACCAUCGUUACGCACCAAAUUACGCACCAUUCGACAUGAAGAUUCAAGUGGUUUUCUGUGGAUAGGCUUCUUUAUUUUAUCUCCAAAAUACUAAUAGCAACUUGCUUUUCAUUUCAUUUACAGUGGAGGUAAAUAACUUGCUGCAAUGUGAAAUAUAGACCCGAGAGACUUAAGUUUAGAUUUACGCAGAAUUACACAUGGUGGGUAAACCCUUUACAGAUUUCAUCAGCAAUUUCUGUGCUAUGCAUCUCUCUUUUUUCAGGCGGCGCGCACACAAACAUGAACUCGAGGGCACGCGCCUUGUAGAUCCAGUACGGCAUGUGUGUGCGCGCGCGCAGGCGUGCGCUUGCCUGUUUUCUUAAAGCUUGAUGUGCUUUUACCAGAGGGCUAUGAGGAUACGCUACAUGUUCCGCAGCUCCCCCUGCUCUCAAUUGGUGGGGAAUGGUCAGGUGACGCUGUCAUAUUGUCCUUCUUUGAGCCACCCUUAGCUAUAACACUUGGAUUGACCGUCUUAACUGGACUAUAGAAAUAAAUAAUUUUGAAAUCUGAAUAUCACCUAAAAGAGACGGAUACAGCGAGAGGCUGCUACCUAUAGGCUAUGCGAUAGGUAAACACACUCUCUGCCUGAAAGUAGCCAUCUGUCUGCGAGGGAGAGAGUGUGGGGAAGACAGAAAAGUAGUUAAGAGGAAAGAGAGGAGGAAGAGUACACGUGAGGCCGAUAGGGAAGCUAUGAAUUCCUAUUUUGCGAACUCGUCGCUCCCCUGCCAUUUGUCUGCUGGUCAAGAAGUUCUGCCUAAUGUGUCCCUAAGCUCCAGCGGCUAUGACCCAGUCAGACACUUCUCGUCCUACAACACUCCCAUGAGCCAGAACCGGAUCUACGCUUCGCCCUUCUAUUCACCCCAGGAUAACGUAUUCAGGGCGGCUCGGGGACCCUACGACUGUGGAUCAAACAUAUUUCUUCAGGAGAAAGAUGUGCUCCCCAGCUGCAGGCAAACUACUAUGGGACUUAACAGCCAGAACCACGUUGCUCAGGACUAUAGCUUGGAGUCGGCGAGAAAUGUUGCACAGGAGCAAAAAGGCAACCUCCAGAUAUACCCGUGGAUGCAGCGCAUGAACUCGCACACUGGAGUUGGCUAUGGCACAGACAGACGCAGAGGUCGCCAGAUCUACUCUCGCUACCAGACCCUGGAGCUCGAGAAAGAAUUCCACUUCAACCGCUACCUGACCAGGCGGAGACGCAUUGAGAUCGCCCACGCGCUCUGCCUCACCGAACGCCAGAUCAAAAUCUGGUUUCAGAACCGCCGAAUGAAAUGGAAGAAAGAGAGCAACUUGACCUCCACGACCACCACCGGGGAAGCCACAGCGGCGUCAGAAGAGCCCAGCAAAGAGGGCGUAGAGAAGGAGACGGAUGACAUGAAGAAAGAUGACUAAUGAGCCGCAUUCCUGCACUCUGUAGCCAAACACGUUUAGCACCCCAACACGACUACCUAAUGUCCACUUAAAUGUGCACUUUUAGCACCCAACACGACUAUCUAAUGUCCAUUUAACUGUACAUUUUAAUGCAUGAUCCAACAUUUAAUGUUCAGGUGCCCUCUCUCUCACCCCCGCCAUGGGCGCAUGGACUCAUUGCUGGGGCACAAACACUCACUCUUAUGAACUCGCGCAUACAAGCAAUGCAAAGCACGUUUACGCAUACCUACUAGCACGCAGCCAGGCAUGUUCAGGAGCUGCUACAGCAGUUUGUGUUGUCAAUGCUGUUGUGGAAGAGGAGUGGACGCAGGCGGAUGACAUGUACACGUAGCUUGUGUACUCGCUAGUGCCAAUUGUGAUCGUGCCGCAGAAAGAUAAUUCAGUAUGUUGCAGAGAGCCCAUACCUUUGGGCAGCACUCAGUUACUCGAGGAUUCUGAAGCUCAACAUCAUUCCAAUUGUGAACCCAUUUAGGCCUAUACUUGCACAUAGCCUAUCUGUUAGCCUUUUUGCUGUUGUUGACAUUGCGUAAUGGCCUAUGAAAACUAUUAAGACUGACAACUACACUACCUAUAUUCGACUGCUAGUAUUUGUAUUUGUCGAUAUUAUGCCAGUGCACUGGUUGAGUAUUGCGGGUUUACUUUGGUCGUUUAUUUUUUAAGUAUGAAGCACACAGCAGUCUUGUACAGAACACAUUAUUCUAGCAAACGUGUUCGUUUCACACUAAAAUCACACAAAAUGCUCAUUUUUAAUGUGUUGUUUUUACAUGUGCUAAUUUAAUUAAAAAAUGUUACACACGAUGUGCAGUCGUCAUUGUAUUUUUGAGUUGACUCCCUUUGAAACCAUCAUUUUAUUCAAACAUACGAGAGGCAUUUUGUCGAAUAAAGAAAAAGGCCAGAUAUUUCACUUACUCAAACAGUGUACAUAAGAUGAAUCGAUAUGCAUUUCAAAGACAUUCCGGCCUUGUACUGUUAGACCCUUUCAGAUAACAGGAAAGCUGGACAAUCUUAUCCAACACCACCAAUGCAAAAACAGUGAAAUAUGAUCUACAUAGGCCUAUUUUUGUUCGAUGAAGUUAUUAAUUAUGGAUGGGUUCCUCAGUAAGAUUUGGCCUAUGAAAACAUGAGCAAAUUCAUAUUAUGUGUCUAGAAAUAUCACCCAAGAGAUUGAGAGACAAACCGGUGUGGUAAGGAAAAUG